AUGGCCUGGAGCGGGGCGAGGGCGCCGGCUCCUCUCCGGCUGCUGCUGCUCCUCCUCCUGCACUUUGGGGGAACCUUGGCCUCAGCCCCGACGUCGCCCCCCACGGAAGGUCCUAAACUUCAGCCAGGACAUGACCAUAGGGUUGAUGUGAUUGUGUGGAAGUUGAUUUUUCUGCAGCCUUAUAAGCUUUUCAAAAUCCAGCCUCUCAACUCAGAUGCUGGGCUCACAGGCAGUACCGCGGGCCCCCCCUCCUCCCCCGGUGCAUGCAGCCCCACGGAGUACCGCUGCUCCACGGGGGUCUGCAUCCCCUUAGAGUGGCGGUGUGAUGGUGACACGGACUGCCGUGAUGGCGCCGAUGAAGUCCAGUGCUGGAGUCAGCCCUGCAGGCGGGGCGAGCUGCGCUGCUACCAGCCCGCUUGCAGGAAUGGGAGCACGGAGCCCAGCUGCCUGGCCCCUGUCUGCUUGGCCAAGGAGCGCUUCUGUGAUGGGGUUCCUGACUGUCCCGAUGGCGCCGAUGAGCACGGAGAGUUGUGCCAGCGGCACCCAACCCACCCCCCGCCCCAAAAAUGCUUGGAGCAGGACUUCCAGUGUGCCCAGGGGAUGUGCAUCCCAGACGCCUGGAGGUGCGACGGGCACCCGGACUGUGACGAUGAGAAGGAUGAGGAGGACUGUGGUGGACGCGAGCCUCGUGUCAAUCCCGGCGACCCAUUUGGAAGGUGGGAGCCAGAUCCCUCCGGAGAAGCGGGGCCUCUACGGAGUGAUUGCUGCUGCAGCCGUCUUGAGUACCGUCCUGGUUGCCACUUUCUUCCACGCCUGGUGCAGGAUGAGAACUCCAGAGAACUUCUUCAUUCAGAGCCUGCUGAGAGCCAUCAAAGGAUCCUUGACCUGGUCUCAGUGAGAAUCUUUGCUCUCAGAGGCGGCGUGCUGUGGAUGGCGGGGGAGCUGUGCCCGGCAGGCUUGGUGGAGGAGCUGGCGUACUGGGGCGUUGAGGUGCGCCAUGUGCCCCGCUGCUGCCACAUCCUCUUGGAGGAGAAGCAGGAUGAGCUGGAGGAGCACCUGAAGGUCCAGCGGGAGCUGGAGGCAGAGCUGGAGGCCCCCGAGCGGGAGGCGCACUUUGACGGGCAGUGCCUGGGCGGCUGCCGCCGAGCAAUCUGGAACCUGAUGGAGAACCCGUACUCGUCGGUGCCGGCCAAGAUGGUGGCGGUGCUGUCGAGUGUCUUCGUGCUGCUGUCCAUCGUGGGCAUGACGCUGAGCACGGUGGAGGAGCUGCAGUACCGGGUGGGGAAAGCGGGCAUGGAGUUGCUGGAGACGGUGUGUGCCAUCUUCUUCUCCUGGGAGUACUCGCUGCGCCUGGUGUCCUGCACCUCGGUACCCCAGUUUCUGCGGGCCGCCUUCAACGCUGUGGAUCUGGUGGCCAUCCUACCCUUCUACGCCCAGCUGUUGUUUGAGUGGCUGGCAGAGGGCGAUGCCCUCUACCAUGAGGAGCUGCACCGAGUGGAGAGCGUGGGCAAGCUGGGCAAAGUGCUCAAGUUGGUCAAGCUCCUGCGCAUCUUCCGCAUCCUCAAGCUGGCCCGGCACUCAACGGGGCUGCGGGCUUUCGGCUUCACCCUGCGGCAGUGCUCGCAGCAGGUGUGCUGCCUGCUGCUCUUCAUUGCCAUGGGGGUCUUCGCCUUCUCCGCCCUCGUGCACUCGGUGGAGCACGACGUCCCCGGCACCAACUUCACCAGCAUCCCUGACGCGUGGUGGUGGGCGGCGGUGAGCCUCUCAACGGUGGGCUACGGAGACACGGUCCCAGCCACGGCCCUGGGCCGGGUCGUGGCAUUCUUUUGCAUCUCUUUUGGCAUCAUCCUCAACGGAAUGCCCAUCUCCAUCCUCUACAACAAGUUCUCCGACUACUAUGGCAAGCUCAAAGCCCACGAGGACCAGAGCUGCAACACCCAGGGGACAAGCCGGGAGCUGCACCUGCGCCGCCGUCUCGGCCAGCGGCUGUUAGUCUGCUGGGGGUUGAGAGAGGCGGAGGGGGCCAUGGCUUAGCCUCCCUGUGGCCCUGCCUGUCUCACCCUUCCUGGCCCUGAGCCCCAUCCUCUGGGCCCAGGAGAAGCGUGAGUCAGGGGAACCGGGGCCCUUCUGGGGUGGAUCCCAGAGUGAGCAGGGGACAGGGACCGCUGGAUUCCCUCUAAAGUUACGGCGGGAAGAGCAAGCGUCCCCUGGCGCUUGCUUCUUGCUGGCUUGUCAAGCCC